GCAUAUAAGUCAUUUCGUUCGUAGUUCCAUCUUAAACGUCUUUGCCCUAAAAACAAAUUGAGAGACUGUGAAAGAGUGAAGAUUGGGCGUAGAGCAAGUAGCAGAAUCCAAAAAACAUAUAGAAGAAACAGAAAAGAGAGCAAACAUACAGAAAAUGGGAAGAGAAAGAGAGACUCAGAAAUCGCAGCAGCAGCAGCAGCAAGUAUCGUACACUGUCGAGCAACUCGUAGCCGUCAAUCCUUAUAAUCCAGAUGUCCUUCCUGAUCUCGAAAAUUACGUCAACAAACAGGUUUCAUCGCAAACAUACAGUCUAGAUGCCAAUCUAUGCCUUCUUCGCCUCUAUCAGUUUGAGCCGGAGCGAAUGAGCACUCAAAUUGUUGCUAGAAUCUUGGUUAAGGCAUUGAUGGCGUUGCCAGCUCCAGAUUUUAGUCUUUGUCUAUUUUUGAUUCCUGAACGAGUGCAAAUGGAGGAGCAGUUAAAGAAUUUGAUUGUUCUAUCACAUUUUUUGGAGACAGGAAGGUUCCGCCAGUUCUGGGAUGAGGCAGCUAAGAGUCGCCACAUAGUUGAAGCUGUGCCAGGUUUUGAGCAAGCAGUCCAAGCAUAUGCCAUUCAUCUGCUUUCCUUGACUUAUCAAAAGGUUCCACGGUCAGUACUGGCUGAGGCUAUCAACGUUGAAGCUCUAUCCCUGGACAAAUUCCUUGAACAUCAAGUCGCCAAUUGUGGUUGGAUAAUAGAGAAGGGGCAUGGCAAGGGCCAACUCAUUGUCCUGCCCAGCAAUGAAUUUAACCAUCCUGAGCUCAAGAAAAAUACUGCAGAUACCAUACCAUUAGAGCACGUCGCCAGAAUCUUUCCCAUUCUUGGCUGAACCUAUGAAAUUUUGGUUUUGUAUUCUGUUUUGGUAGAAGCUUUCAGUUCUAAAUUGUGACAUCUUUUGGGGCUGCUGUAAUCUGUUUCGUUUUAUUAACUAAAUUUUUGUCCAA